UAAUGCUCCGAGCUCAGGCGGAGGACACACUCACUGCAGACCUGCUGCUGAUCCCAGCUUCCAAUACAACACAACCGACUAAAAAGAACCCAAACCCUACAGCAAAAAAUCCUCAGGUACUUCUCCAGAACUGGAUACUUAAAGGGAUAGCUGCGAAAGUGCUGCUCUGCUGCACCGACCAUUACUUGCACCCUCAUUACUCUCUCUUACUUAAUACUAUUACCUAAAAAAGUCCUCCUGGGGCUGAUCCGGGAUUGUUCCUGCUCACAUCUUGGAUAUGCUACACUUGACUAGACUCUGAUUCCAGGAUGGAAGUCACACACCCAGAAAAUACAUUGUAAGAGCUAUACUAUAAGAAGAAGCAUUCACAAGGAUCCCUACUUGCCUAUGAUGUUAACCUUUAUUGAUCUGCUGUGAGAUCUGAAUGCUUUGGGCUGGCUGGCCAAUGGAGGAAGCAGCCGGUGCCCUUGUAGACUGAAUUGGCUGUGUCUUGCAAGAAGGUGAGUCUCUCACUUUCAGGAGAGCAUUGCCGGUGUCACCUCAAGGGUCAGUAUCUCACCACCUCUGUUGGGGACUUGGCUAUCAUUUCCCACUGGCUAUUUGGGAUCCACAGCUGGACAAUGCUGCUGUCACCUGCAGGAUACAUCAUGCUGCUUAUCUUAGGAAUUCUUUUAGCUGGCUGCCAUGCAUCAGAAAACACGACGGCUGCAGUUACAGUUAGUGAUCCUCCAAUGGCAGCUGCUGUUAGAUCUCACUUUAUGGAUUGCCCAGACUCCCACACCAAUUUCUGCUUCCAUGGAACUUGUAGGUUUCUGGUGCAAGAAGAGGAAGCGGCCUGUGUAUGUCUUCCAGGCUUUGCAGGCAAGCGCUGUGAGCAUGCCGACCUCCUGGCAGUGGUGGCAGCAAGUCAGAAGAAAAACACCAUCACGGCACUAGUGGCAGUGUCAGUGAUAUGCACAGGGCUUCUCAUUAUAGGAUGCAUAUUAAUGCAUUGUUGCAGCUGGAAAAAGCACCGUGAGUGGUGUCGGUCAGUUUUGUGUCGGAAGGAGAAGCCAGACGGACUCUUCAAGGGAGGAGCGCCCUGCUGCAAGUCAGAGACAGUGGUCUGAGAAGGAUCUGAAGAAAACAAGGGCAUUCCCCAACUAUGGAGCAACUUUCCAUCCUGCUCAAAUCAAAUUUCAGACUACAGCUUGGACAAAUAUUCUUAACGGAGCACAUGGCUGGGGUCCAUGAUCCUUCCCAAAGACGUGGGGACUGUACCCAAUGUUUCUGGCAUAAUGUGAAGCAGGGGGAAUGGAGAAGGACAACACUUCACACUGGAAACUGAGAUAUAUUUGGAUUCCAAGUACUCUACGGGUGUGUGUCCUGCAUAGGAAAGACUGACACUACAAGUGUGAAACCUGUUUUGUUACAAAUCCAUCUACUAUGGGCCAGACUAAUGUUUUAAUUCUAAUACUGCCAGAUGGGUCUUCACUGUGUAAGUCAAUGAGUUUGGGGCCCUUCUGUUGGUAGGACAUUGGUACGAUUUAUUAUUUUGGACACUCUGAAAAGUGUUGCUUCUAAUGGACCAUUCUCAUAUACCAUGCUGCUGGCAUUUCAGUAUAUUCAUAGAUGUAUAUCUAGGGACAGCUUGGUGAUAUCCACGGGAAUAGAAAAUAAUUUUGAGUUAUGUUGACACAUUUAAACUUGAGGAGAAGAAAGUUAUUUUUGUAUAUUUAAUAAGCAAAUUACCUAUACAGUGCAUUAGUAUUAAUCUUCUUUAAUCUGUUUUCUUUGGUCUAGUAAGACUAAAAAGAAGACUUACAGGAACACCCAAACUUUGUUAUUUUUCUUGGUCUAUUUUAGUCAGCUAAAAGACUUGUCUUUGUCCAAAAAAGUCCAUUUGAACUGAUAUUCAUUGACCAAUUGGAAUGUUUUUUUUCAGCAUAUCCAUUCAUGAGUUACAAGUAGUAC